CGCUCUCCGAGCCCGUGGAUUUUGGGGCGCAGGUCGGAGCCGGGUGGGCUGGCUCCCCGUCCCCCCCCCCGGCCAGGUGACCAUGGCCGCGUCCGCCCAGCGGCUGGCGGAGGAGCUGCAGAUCUUCGGCCUGGACUGCGAGGAGGCUGUGGUUGAGAGACUGGUAGAGCUUUGUGUUCUGUAUGGACAAAAUGAGGAGGGAAUGGUAGGUGAACUUCUCGCCUUCUGCUCCAGCACAAAUAAGGUUCAUCUUACCUCAGAGAUCCUGAACUCUUUUGAGCGUGAGUUUCUGAGCAAAAGAUUGUCCAAAGCCCGACACAGUGCCUGCAAGGACAGUGGACAUGCAGGGGCAAGAGACAUCGUUUCUAUUCAAGAACUAAUUGAAGUGGAGGAAGAAGAGGAAACCCUCUUGAACUCUUAUACCACACCCUCUAAGGGUUCUCAGAAGCGAGCUAUCACCACUCCAGAGACCCCCCUGAAAAAAAGGAGCGUGUCUACUCAUAGCCCCCAUCAGCUCUUCUCACCAUCAAGUUUCUCUUCGAGUGCGACUCCCUCCCAGAAGUACAACUUGAGAAAUAACCGAGGAGAAGUGGUUACCACUUUUGGCUCAGCACAGGGAGUGUCUUGGUCUGGAAGAGGAGGAGCUGGAAACAUCAGCCUGAAGGUCUUGGGGUGUCCACAGGCGCUAACUGGGAGCUACAAAUCCAUGUUUCAGAAGCUCCCAGACAUUCGAGAAGUUCUGACCUGUAAGAUAGAAGAACUUGGCCAUGAACUCAAGGAACAUUACAGGAUUGAGGCUUUCACUCCUCUGACAGUUCCAGCACAAGAGCCUGUCACUCUGCUGGGCCAGAUUGGCUGUGAUAGCAACGGAAAACUAAACAGCAAGUCGGUGAUUCUUGAGGGGGACCGGGAGCAUUCCUCGGGUGCUCGAAUUCCAGUGGAUUUAUCUGAGCUCAAAGAAUAUUCUCUGUUUCCUGGACAGGUAGUAAUUAUGGAAGGAAUCAAUGCCACUGGUAGAAUAUUUGUUGCCACCAAGCUCUACGAG